AUGCAUUACCCCAAAGACACUGGAACAAUCAACGGAAAGCCGACAAUAGAGCCGCACGACGCGAUGUACACGCAGACUCUUGGGUCUCCAAUUAUUUCUUUCAAUGAGUAUUCCAUGAUGAACGAACUCUACGGAUGCAAA